GCGCGGGCGCAGCGAUGGCGGCGGCGGCGGAGGCGGCGGCGGCGGAGGCGGCGGCGGCCGCGGCUGCGGCCGCGUCCGUAUCCGAGCCCUGGCCGGAGCUGGAGCUGGCAGAGCGCGAGCGUCGCCGCGAGCUGCUGCUGACCGGGCCCGGGCUGGAGGAGCGUGUGAAGGCGGCGGGGGGACGGCUGCCGCCGCGGCUCUUCACGCUGCCGCUGCUGCACUACCUGGAGGUGAGCGGCUGCGGCAGCCUGCGCGCCCCGGGGCCCGGCCUGGCUCAGGGCCUGCCGCAGCUGCACAGCCUGGUGCUGCGGCGCAACGCGCUGGGGCCCCGGCUGAGCCCGGAGCUGGGGCCGCUGCCGGCGCUGCGCGUGCUCGACCUGUCGGGCAACGCGUUGGAGGCGCUGCCUCCCGGCGAGGGCCUGGGCCCCGCCGAGCCUCCCGGGCUGCCCCAGCUGCAGAGCCUCAACCUCAGCGGCAACCGCCUGCGCGAGCUGCCCGCCGACCUGGCGCGCUGCGCCCCUCGCCUGCAGAGCCUCAACCUCACCGGCAACUGCUUGGACGCCUUCCCCGCCGAGCUCUUCCGGCCCGGGGCUCUGCCCCUGCUCAGCGAGCUGGCGGCCGCCGACAACCGCCUGCGGGAGCUCAGCCCGGACAUCGCGCACCUGGCUUCGCUUAAGACACUAGACCUGUCCAACAACCAGCUGGCCGAGAUCCCUGCCGAACUGGCAGACUGCCCUAAGCUCAAGGAGAUCAACUUCCGAGGGAACAAGCUUCGAGACAAGCGCCUGGAGAAGAUGGUGGGCGGCUGCCAGACCAAAUCCAUCCUAGAGUACCUGCGCGCUGGCGGCCGCGGCGGCCGGAGCAAGGGCCGGCAAGAGGGCUCCGAGAAGGAAGACCGAAAGAAGAGGCGUGAGCGGAAGCAGCGUCGGGAAAGCGGGGAGGGUGAGGAUGAGGUGGCAGACGCAGCCCGGCUGAUGCUCAAGGUCUUGCACGUCUCUGAGAACCCCACACCCCUGACGGUCAGGGUGAGCCCAGAGGUCAGGGACGUACGCCCGUACAUCGUGGGGGCCGUCGUGAGAGGCAUGGACCUGCAGCCAGGAAAUGCACUCCGGCGCUUUCUCAACUCCCAGACAAAGCUCCAUGAUGACCUCUGUGAGAAGAGGACAGCAGCAACCAUUGCGACCCACGACCUCCAGGCAGUGCGCGGGCCCCUGCUGUACGCAGCCCGGCCACCCGAGGGCCUCAAGAUUGUGCCCUUGGGGCGGAGAGAAGCCAAGGCCAAGGAGCUGGUGAAGCAGCUGCAGCUGGAGGCCGAGGAGCAGAGGAAGCAGAAGAAGCGGCAGAGCGUCUCAGGGCUGCACAGGUACCUUCACUUACUGGACGGGAAGGAAAACUACCCUUGUCUCGUGGAUGCCGAAGGAGACGUGAUUUCUUUCCCACCCAUAACAAACAGUGAGAAGACGAAGAUUAAGAAAACAACAUGCAGCUUGUUCUUGGAAGUAACAAGUGCCACUAGCCUGCAGCUCUGUAAGGACAUCAUGGACAGUCUCAUUCUGAAAAUGGCGGAACUGAACAAAAGCAUUUCAGAAAACAAAGAGGAAGACGCACUCUCGGAUACGGAACCUGGUGCCAGCUGCGGGCUUUCUGAUCCCAACUUGAAUCUGAGAUCUGGGAAGGAUGGACAGUGCCCCCUGGUGGUGGAGCAGGUCCGAGUGGUGGACCUGGAGGGGAGCUUGAAGGUGGUGUACCCAUCCAAGGCCGACCUGAUCAACACCCCUCCCUAUGUGACUGUGGUUCGCUGACGGUCCAGGCCGUGUAACCGGCUCCACUUGCGGUUCCUGGGGGUGUGCUGGCUCUAGAUGUCUGUGUGGUUGCUCUUCGUUCCUUUUCUCUGGGUAUUUGAAGGUGUCUGCUUUUGUCUGGGUGACUAUUGUAAAGUGAGCUGUGUUGUCUUCACAGCACUGAUGUGAGUCUGCUGUUCCCAUGGGUUACUCCAAUAAGCACUGGAAACGUUGUGGAUCAUGUGGCAGGGAACCUGGGAAGGACGCCGAGCUUGGUUUGACAGUGCAGGGGCAAGCUCCGGUUGAGUGGCAGGCGCUGUAUUGAACAGUCCUUAAUUUUCUACAACAUGUUAAUAGCAUUCUUUUUUUUUUUUUUUUUAAACAACACCUGUGCAAAGACAGUUGGGAACAUCAUGUUGUGAUCUUAGCCGUUUUAGAGCUUGCUUCCUAGCGUGGUGCUGCUGCUGUGCUCCCACAGCUGUGCCCAGAGCAGGAGGACUGGUCAUGGUUGGUGCAUCCACUCCUCAGCUACAGAGGUCCCGUAGCCCUGUGUAGUCGGACGGACUUCUGUGCGUGAAUGGGAAGGCUGGCUUGUGGUCCGUCAGCCAGUGACGGGAAGGUGUGCCUCACACGUGGCCCUGCAGGCUCCCGUGUCACCGUGCACCCCUCAUCUCUCCGUGCGCUGGCUGAUGUACUCAUGACACACCUGCCACCCCUGGAGCCCAGAUGCUUGGUCCAGAAGGGACUUAAUGGCCCCAUCCAUGCCUUACCACCCGGCUGCAGAGGAGAGCCAGGCCCUUCAGCCUCUCCCCACAACACCAUCUUCUCUUUAGUGGUCUUUGACGUCAAAGGACAAUUUCUGUCUUCUGUAAAACAACAAUGGUUUGGGUUUUUUUGUUUUGAUUCUGUGCAAGAGCCUUCAGUUGUCAGAACCAGUGAAGCUCUGGGCCCUUCAUGUUCGUGUCCUGAACAAAGCUGGCCCCGUGAGACAGGGAGCUGCCUUGUGAGUACACAGUUGUUCAUAGGUCCCUCCGAGUGGCCAUGGCAAGAGCUCACCUAUUCUGUGUGGCUUCACCAAAGUGUGUAAGGGUGGAGCUGCCCCAUGCCCGUCUUCUCCCCCACCCACCCACCCCCCAGUCCCUGCUUUUCCCUCCAGCACGGUCCAUGUGUGGUAUUGAGAUUGUUGGAACUGUUUACAGAUACAAGCAGAACACCUCUUUGUUCUAAUAAAACCUUUUGGUAGCAGCA